UUUUGAAAAAUUCUUCUAUGAAUCUUUUCUAUAGUGGAAAUGAAAUAAUAGGAUAAUUGGAAUGGCAGGAGAGAAUCUUUUGUCCAGAUGUUAAAAUCAAGCUAGUGUUUUUAUCUUGUACAGAGCUAUCGGAAAUAAUUUCAUAAGUUGUUUCAAAGAUAAAACAAGCUAGUAAGCACUUUGCAAAGCUAAAUUUGCUUUGUAUAUCCCUCUAGGGGCUCCAUUUCCCUAGUUUCUUCCCCUUGUUAUUCACAUAGUUUCUCUGAAGUUUCUUACAACAAAAUUUAAACUUUUACAAUUUAGGCUAGAUUAAGUUAUUUGGGCUUGCAUUUGUCUGCUUGAUUUCAUUCUGUUUCCAUUCUUUCCAUCUUUUGUUUCUGUAGUCGCUAACUUAUUUGUUAACAUCAGCCAAAAAAGAAAUUGAACUAAUGUCAGAAGAGCUGAGGGGUCUCAGAUCAGAGAAGCAGCUUCUUGCACAGGAAGGAAAUGCUUUAAAGUUAGAAAAAGGUUCACUUUUAUCAAAGCUUAUGGAAGUGGAGGCCAAAAUAACUUUGCUUCAGGAAGACCAGCAGAAACUAUGGUCAUUAAAUGAAUUGCUCAGUUUAGAGAAGGAGAAAGUCUUAGAAGAAAAACAGAAUGCUGAAAAGCUUUACCAGCAGGAACAUCUUGAUAGAGAAGCUUUGACCAUAGAGAGAGAGAAGCUGCUUCAAGAAAUCAGUGCAGCACAGGAAGAGCUCUUGAGGAUACAUGUGGAAAAUGACUCCCUGCAAGCAUCCAAGGCCAGCACACAGGCAGUUGUUGAGGAGCUCCAGUUCCACAGUGACACUCUGAUGGCUGCAUCUGAGAAGGCUCGGGCAGAAAAAGACCAGCUGGAGGAUCAGAUCAAGAAGCUUACUGCCGAAAACCUCAUCUUGGCAAAAGACAAGGACGACAUCAUUCAGAAGCUUCAGAGUGCUUACGAGGAACUUGUGAAGGAUCAGAAAGCCUUGGUUGAGGAGAUUGAGGAGCUCACAACUGAAAAGAAGUCAGCAGAAGAGAAACAGUCAAGCCUCGAUAACAUGUGCCUGGCCCUAAAGGCAGAACGAGAGAGCCUUCUCCAGAGCAACAGAGACCUGCAGUUUGAGAAGGACAUUCUGUGUCAGGGUCAGGAGAAACUGAGUGCCAGCCUGGAGGCUGCCUUGCAGGUCAAGCAGUUGCUCAGCACGGAAGCUGGGUCAAUGCGCACACAGCUGGAUUGUACCAAGAAAGCACUGAAGAAGGCGGAGCUGGAGACAAGGCAGCUUCAGACCUCCAAUGCAAGCCUCACAAAGCUCCUGGAAGAGAUUAAGGCCAGUCGAGCAAUCACAGACUCUGAGUGUAUCCAGCUUCUCCAUGAGAAGGAGACCCUGGCCACUUCUGAGAGGAGGCUCCUGGCUGAGAAAGAAGAGCUUUUAAGUGAAAAUAGGAUCAUCACUGAAAAACUCAACAAGAGCUUUGAAGAGGCUGCCCAUCUUGAGAUGAACCUGAACGAGAAGAUCACGUACCUAACUUCUGAGAAGGAGAUGGCUUGCCAGAAAAUUACUAAGCUUAAAAAGCAGCAGGAUAGUCUCUUGAAUGAAAAGUCAGCACUGGAAGUGCAAAAUGGAGAUUUACUUGUAGAGAGAGAAAAUUCCAUCAAAGCUUUAGGAGACCUUAAAAGGAAAUAUGAUCAGGAGGCUGCAAACAGAAGAAUACUUGUACAUGAGAAGAUGAAACUGCUUGGUAAUAUUGAUGCUCUGAAGAAAGAACUUCAGGAGAGAAAACAGGAAAAUGAAGAGCUGACAGCCAGCAAGUGUGACCUCUCUUUGAUGCUGAAAGAGGCUCAAAAUGCCAAAAAGAACCUCGAAAAAGAACACACCAACAUGUUGCAAGCAAAGGAGAGUUUGGAUGCUGAGCUUAAGACUUGUUGUUGUGAAAAGAACAUUUUGCUGAGGGAUGGCUUGAACCUUCAAGAAGAGUGUAAGAAAUUAAAUGAAGAGAUUCAUAAAAUGCAGCAGUCCUUAAUCCUGGAAAAAGAGGUCAGAGCGAAGGAAAAUGAGUCAUCCUUAUAUGAAAACAAUAAGCUUCAAGGAAGAACAGUGCUCCUGGAGCAGGAGCUGGAGGGAUUAAGAGAGUGUACUGAGCAGCUCCGGUCUGAAAAUUUUGUACUAAUCCAAGAGAAGACUAAAUCGGAGCAAAGAGUGGUAGAAAUAAUUAAGGAAAAGGAACUGUUGAGUGCGGAAACAGCUCACCUUGCUGCCAACAUAGAGACCCUAAAAGGCGACUUUGCUGCCCUGUCCAAGUCCAAGUUGGAACUGCAGGAAUUACAUAGCUGCCUCACCAAGAUCCUGGAUGACCUUCGGCUGAAUCACGAAGUGGCUGUGGCUGAGCGAUCCAAGGUGCUGCAGGAGAACAAGAACCUCCUGACUGAGAAAAGAGAGAUGAUGCUGAGAAGUGAUGAGCUCCUGAAGGAGAAGCAGAAGCUGGAAGAAAGCUACUUCCUCCUCCAGAAAGAAAUUAGUCAGCUGGCCAAAACCAACAGCCACAUUUCAGCCAACCUCCUAGAAUCUCAAAGUGAAAACCGUACUUUGAGGAAAGACAAGAGCAAGCUUACCUUUAAAAUUAGAGAGCUUGAGACUCUUCAUUCAUUUACGGUAAAGUGAGAGGUUCAAGUAUUGAGCACCCGGGACUACUUACUAACCCUGUGCACUAACAGUUACUGGCUUAGGUGAUUUUCUUCAUUGCUCCUUAUGGAAAUCCACCCAAUUAAAUCAGUUGCUUAUAUGUCUCCAGCUAUUCAUUACAGUCUGAAAGGGUGAUUCUUUACUAAAUGUCUAAUUGCAGUAGUCUCUCCCCAUUUGGAAAAAAUUGCAAACUGUGAAUAAAAAAGAUUUAUUUUUUUUAAUUUAAGGAGAAACUUUGUGCAAAAGUUAACUGGUUGUUAAAAGCUUGAGGGCAAUAAUAGAAUGGGCAGCAUUGAAGUACUGUAUUCUGCUGUUAGGCUUUUAACUGUUUCAUUGUGUCUAUCUUUUUGGAGUUGGAAGAUUCCACUGAAAUCUCCAUGGCUGGUAAUAGGGUAGGUAUAACCCAGAGUUCUCAUAAACUUUAUUACAUACACCAAAUGAAAUUGUAAGCAAGUGCUUAGAUUUUAUUUUUACAGUUAUUGUUUUUGAUUUUUUUAGCAGUCAGUAUGCAUUGUCUCUAUAUUCAUCUUUUUUAUUCACAGCCACAAUUAUAUUCAUUCCCCACAGUUUCUCUCAUAGACUUUUCCAUGAAAUACUUCUUAGGAAACACUUGAGCCUUAUAAUUGCCCAAAUAAUUUAUAUUUUUAUGUGAAAAAUUAUCAGCCUAAAUUGAGUGAUUUCAAAAGCCCCAAAUUUGCAGUAGCAAGAAUAAUGUUUGAAACUUACAAAUGUGAUUGAGACAUGGAGCUAUGUAGGGACAUUACUCUUUGUUGUCACUAAUUAGUCUGUCAAGUAUAAGUCAAUGAUGAGAGCAAGCUUGGAGCUGAGAUGGAGGUUUAGAGGGAUGUGAAAAUAAGGAAAUGGUGUAAUAAUUGACUUAUUGAACAAUGUCAUAGGAAUAGGAACCCUUCAUGUCUUGGUUUGUUUGCUUUAGGGUUGGUUUGCUGACUCUCAUCCUUAUGUGCGUUCCCUUAGCCAUGUAGACACUGAAUGCUGCCUGAGCAGCACAGACUGAUUGUCACCUGAUGUCCUCAGAGAGGGUACCCUCCUUCCUCACGGUGUUUUC